AUGGAAGAGCUCUUGUUUUGCUACUUGAACUUAAAUGAUAAGAAAUCAUACAGGUUCAUCCUCAGAGCAUUUGUGGACCUGAUUGUUGUCUUACGUGAAAAUUCGAGUGGAGCCCCUGCAAAGUCGAGGAGUGCUCGAUCCGAUAGGAAAGAAACCGAAAGCGAAGGUUUCCACCAGCCCCACCCCACACCCCACCAUCCUCAUCAUCAUCAUCCCCACCAUGCCCAUCACCAGUUUUCACCAACUUACUCUUUCCGCUCCCCCCAUCCUUCCGGCUACCUCCACGUCACUCCACCUUCUCAUCAUCAUCACCAGAGGCCCUUACCGCUUCCCUCGACUUCGAGGGAAGACAAAGACGUGUUGAAUCCUAGUAGUGGCGAAGGAGGAGGUGGAGGGGGCAGUGGAGGAGCCGGGGGAUCGAAGAAGAGAUUUAGGACCAAGUUCACUCAGGACCAGAAGGAGAAGAUGUUGGCCUUUGCCGAAAGGCUUGGGUGGCGCAUUUAG